AUGUCUGCCAACAACAAUCGAAGGAGGCAGGCAGGCAGGCAGGCAGGCAGGCAGGCAGGCAGGCAGGCAGGCAGGCAGGCAGGCAGGCAGGCAGGCAGGCAGGCAGGCAGGCAGGCAGGCAGGCAGGCAGGCAGGCAGGCAGGCAGGCAGGCAGGCAGGCAGGCAGGCAGGCAGGCAGGCAGGCAGGCAGGCAGGCAGGCAGGCAGGAAUAGAAAUUCAAGAUGGAUGACUUCGGCAAAUGACGUCACAGCAUCACGUGGUCCCCGCAUAGAUAUUUAUGACUCAUUUAGGGGGAAGGAAACAAGUGCUGACCAGUUGGAGCAUGCACAUUGCUCGCUGAAGUGCUACUGCUAG